AUGUCUUCCGGCCGCCAGUUUGACCCCACUUUCACCGACUCUGUCAUCAAUGGCAUGGGUCCCAACACUCCCGAGCGUGCUCGCGUCGUUCUGGGCUCCUUGAUCAGACACAUCCAUGACUUCGCUCGUGAGGUUGAGCUGACCUCCGCUGAGUGGAUGCUCGGCGUUGAGUUUAUCAACUCCGUUGGACAGAUCAGCACUCCUAUCCGCAAUGAGGGCCACCGUAUUUGCGACGUCAUUGGCCUUGAGUCCCUCGUCGAUGAGAUCGCCAACAAGAUCAUUACCGAGGACGGUGUCUCCCCCACCUCCAACGUCAUUCUCGGUCCCUUCUGGUCUCCCAAUGCUCCCUUCCGCGCUCUGGGUGACAGCAUCAUCCAGGACCCGAACCCCAAUGGCCGGGUCACCUUCAUGCACGGCGUGAUCAGGGAUAUGGAAUCCGGCAAGCCAAUUGCCGGUGCUGUUCUCGACAUCUGGCAAGCCUCGGCCAAUGGCCAGUACGAUUUCCAGGAUCCCAAGCAGACCGAUAACAACCUACGCGGCAAGUUCCGAACAAACGAGAAGGGAGAGUUCAACUGGUACUGCUACCACCCUACUCCCUACUCCUUGCCUACCGACGGUCCCGCCGGCGUUCUGCUCAACAUCAUGGACCGUUCUCCCAUGCGCCCCGCCCACAUUCACCUGAUGAUCACCCACCCCGAAUACGCCACCGUCAUCAACCAGAUUUACCCCAGCGACGACCCCCACCUCGCCAUUGACUCCGUCUUCGCUGUCAAGGAUGACCUGGUUGUAGACUUCAAGCCCAAGACCGGUGAUCCCAAGGCCUCUCUCGACUUGGAGUACAACGUCAAGAUGGCGCUCAAGAAGCACCACCCCAACCCCAACUCCGCUCCCCCUGUGUCCUCAUUCGAGCGUCACGCCAAGGCGGCCAAGGAGGCCCAGGGAAAGCUUUGA